AUGGAUGCCGCAACGAGCUCUCGGUUUCUUCCACAAAUGAAGCUUGACGGAUCUGAUCUCCGCUGUUUGAAUCGUAAUUCUUCAAGUUUCUGCCCUCAGACACGGCAGGCCAUGCCUACCUGCUGUGGUUCAUCAGGGGGAAAACAAUUUCUUGAUAUAGCUACAUGUGAAGGAUCUAUUUCGUGUUUUUACUCGACCGAUAAAGAAAGUAGGGUUCUUGGAGGAUUAGCACAUGAUUUUCCGGUUCAGAAGAGAAACCCAGUUGGGAAAACAUUUUGCUCUGCAGAAGUGUGCACAUACCCCGGGAGUGCUGUUGAAUCUCAUUCACACACUUCAGAGGAAAAGAUAGGAGUGCUGCUUUUGAAUCUUGGAGGACCAGAAACACUUCAUGAUGUUCAGCCAUUUUUGUUCAACUUGUUUGCAGAUCCGGAUAUCAUACGUCUCCCUAGGUUGUUCAGAUUCCUCCAACAACCAUUGGCGCAACUCAUUUCUGUACUCCGGGCUCCCAAAAGUAAGGAAGGGUAUGCUGCCAUUGGAGGUGGUUCGCCUUUGCGAAAAAUAACGGAUGAACAGGCUAAUGCACUUAAAAUGGCAUUGGAAGCCAAGGAAGUCCCUGCAAAUGUCUAUGUUGCCAUGCGGUACUGGCACCCCUUUACUGAGGAAGCUGUUAAGCAGAUUAAAAGGGACAGGGUUACAAAACUUGUAGUGCUGCCUCUCUAUCCGCAAUAUUCCAUCUCUACGACUGGGUCAAGCAUCCGUGUUUUGCAGAGCAUCUUCAGGGAAGAUGCAUAUUUGGCAAGACUACCUGUUUCCAUUAUACAGUCCUGGUAUCAACGAGAAGGUUAUAUCAAUUCUAUGGCUGACUUGAUUGAGAAGGAGUUAAAGAUUUUCUCUAAACCUGAGGAGGCCUUGAUAUUCUUCAGUGCCCAUGGGGUACCAGUCAGUUACGUUGAGGAUGCGGGUGAUCCAUACAGAGAUCAGAUGCAGGAGUGCAUUCACUUGAUAAUGGAAGAAUUGAAAUCAAGAGGAAUAAAAAAUGAUCAUACUCUAGCUUAUCAGAGUCGAGUGGGGCCUGUACAAUGGUUGAAGCCCUACACUGAUGAAGUUCUUGUUGAGCUUGGCCAAAAAGGUGUGAAGAAUCUCCUGGCUGUUCCUGUGAGCUUUGUGAGUGAGCAUAUAGAGACCCUUGAAGAGAUUGAUAUGGAGUACAAGCACUUGGCUCUGGAAUCUGGCAUUGAAAACUGGGGCCGAGUUCCUGCUCUAAAUUGCACCUCUUCAUUCAUCACCGAUCUGGCAAAUGCAGUGAUUGAAGCCCUGCCUUCAGCAGUGGCAAUGUCAUCAUCAAGGACUACAUCUGAAGAAGCCGAACAUGAUCCAUUCGGAUAUGCCAUUAAAAUGUUGUUUGGUUCGAUCUUAGCAUUUGUUUUGCUCUUGUCACCCAAAAUGAUAUUGUCAUUCAGAAAUCAUAUAUUUUGAAGAAGAGAGAAGAUUGAAAUUACACUUGAGAUACUUACUAUAGCUGCGGGGAAUAGGAGUUGAAAUCCUGGAAUGAGAUGGCUGAGGGGUAGGAUGUUGUUGAGGUGUUUAUUGUGUAACUGGGGAAUAGUUUGGAAUAGUGAACUGUUUCUUGACACAUGAUGUACUUCUUAAGCGUCAGAAUGAAAAACUGGGUUCUCCCUCAUGAAUAUAUAUACU